AUGGCAAAAAAGAGAGAAAAAAUCCUGGGGCUUGGGGCUAGGGCUGUGGGUUGCGGGUGGGGAUGGGAUGGUCAGGUCGUGAGGGAGAAAAAGCAGAGGGAUGUGUGGGGGAAGGCUGAGAGGGGGGAGGUUGUGGAGUUGGGAUGCAAGGCAGUGUUUUUGUAUAAAUAUGGUGGAGGUGGUGGUGGUGAUCAAGGUGGAGUUGGUGGUUGUGGUUGUGGUAGUGGUGGUGGUGGGGAUGGCGGUUCUGGAGAUGAUGGUGGUGGUGGCAAUGGCAGUGUGGUGUUGGUUGUGGAGGUGGUGGUGGAGGUAGAGGUGGAGGAGGGGUGGUGGUGGUGGUGGGGAGGAGGAGGAGGAGGAUGUGAUGGUGAUGGUAGUGGCAGUGAUGGUGGCGGCGGUUGUGGAGGUAGUGAAUGUGGUGGUGCAAGUGGUGGAGUUGGAUGUGGAAGUGGAGGUGGUGUCAUUUUUUAA